CUCACACUGUGAGGGGAGAGUAAAGUCAUUGCCAUACAAAGUAUUUCAUUCAUUCGUAGCUGUGUCGUUGCGUCGAGCACUUCUAGAUCUCAGCUAUGAAUUGCCAGAAGGAAACCAAAAUGAUUGGGCCGCCGCGGCUGUGCGUCAGCAAGUCAUCGCUGGAUCGCCUGAUUGACAGAGAGCUCCGGAUGCAGCUCAACAAAGUAUACGAAUCCUUCGGAAAGAAGUCAGAGUCAGCUUGCAAGAAGAAGAAGAAGUCUGCUUCGUGGAGGCCCUUCCGUGCCCAUGGUCUGGAGGGAGCAAUACUCGGACUGAGACAGCCAGCUUGGAACAGGGUCCCACCAAUACCGUUUCCAGCCGUGACAACUAACCAGGAACCAAGCCCCAAGGUGCCCCAACCCAUUCUACGCUUUAUCCGCUCCUACUCGUGUCUGCCCAAGCCCAAGGACUAUUUCCAGGCCUCACAGGCCCAGUGGCUCGCCAGCACUCAGGCUGCCAACGAAUUCACGGGCCCAAUUGAAAUGCUUCUGGGCCUGAUGUGUCUGAUGCCGGCCCUGUUUUUUGCCUUGUUUUUUUUGACCAUAUAACGAGUCUUUGUUGACGAUAGUCUCGUUACCUUUUUUUU